CACAUUCCAGGGCCUACAUUCCGACCCGCCUUUUUUCCCCCUCUUACUUAAUCCCUUACGCGAUUGGUGGACAUCUCAGUGACUUCAUGCCAAGCGGGUUAGAAAGCGGGCAGUGAGUUUGGUUGCUCGGGAGGUUUUCCCGCGCAGGAGAGAACGAGAGUCCACAUCCGGGUGCCUUUGGAGUGAGUGAGUGAGUAAGGGAGGGGCGAAGGAAUGCCGAAGCGCUCCUGCCCAUUCGGGGACUCGGCCCCGGCGCAGCUGAAGACCCGCGUGAGGCUGAAGGAGCUGAGCCAAGGCGUCCUGGGCGAGCAGUACCAGCGAGCCAUCUUCGAAAAAACAAAACAGCUUCUCUUCCGAGGUGCCCAAACGUAUAUGGAGAAUCCGUGCAUUGGGAGCACAGCAGGAGAAUGUCUAAAAGCAGAGUUACCAGAACCACUUGCAGACAGGCCGGACGCAUGUUCGCAGCAUAAAUGCAACGGACAAAUGUUAAUUGGACAGGAUGGGAAACUUCGGCAGCCUAGUGCAAGAGAAGCAGCCCUGCCUAUAGGAGGGUCUAAGGCCUGCUCCUCGUGUGUGAGAACAGUGGACACCAACAGAGCUUGUGCCCAGUGCCAUCGGUACAUAUGUCAGCAUUGCAGCAAACUUUGCAGCUCUUGUAAUGCUGUUGCUUGCUUCUUAUGUUCAGUCGUAGAAUCUGAUAAUGUUGGAGAACAAGUCCUUUGCAACGAGUGCUCCAUGUUCAAGGACUAAAAUGCUCACAACAUUGUGGACAAUGUCUCAAGGUCCUGCAAGGAAUAUUUUUUAAAUAUAUGGACAUAUAUCAUAUCUGACUUACUGGAUUGCCUUUUUCUGAAAUAAUGUAUAUUUCUAUAACUAUAGCAUAAUAAAAUAAAUGUUUUAUAUUUUGUUAA